AUGUCCGGCGUUGAGAACCAAACCAUCCUGAUUACCGGAGCCUCCGGGUUCGUGGCCACGCACGUUGUCCGCUCCUUUUUGCAGCGUGGCUAUCAGGUCCGGGGAACCGUCCGCUCCGAGCAAACCGCCAACAACGUGCGCGCGAUCUUUCCUCAGUAUACCGAGAAAUUGUCCUUCGCGAUCGUCAAGGACAUUGCUGAGCCUAGUGCCUUCGAUGAGGCCGUGAAGGGCGUUCAAGGCAUCAUCCACACGGCCUCCCCCUUCCAAUUCGCCAUCGAGGACCAAGAGCGAGACCUUCUCCGCCCAGCCAUCCGCGGCACCAGCGAGCUCCUCGAAGCGGUCCAGCGCCACGCCCCCGAGGUCCGCCGCAUCGUCAUCACCUCCUCCUUCGCUGCCAUGAUCAAUCUCGCCAAGGGCGCGUGGCCCGAACACACCUACACCGAGGCGGACUGGAACCCUGUGACCUACGAGCAGGCCAAGACGGCCGACGGGGCCACGGCAUACUGCGCAUCCAAGGUGCUCGCCGAGAAGGCGGCGUGGGACUUCCUCGAGCGCGAGAAGCCCGCUUUCUCCGUCGCCACUAUCUGCCCGCCCAUGGUCUACGGGCCCGUUGAGCACCACGUCGCCAGCAUGGACCGUCUCAACGAGAGCGCGGCCGACGUGUACCGCUUCAUGAAUGGCAGCACGACUGAGAUCCCUCCCACUGGGUUCCCGACUUGGGUGGAUGUUCGGGACGUGGCCGACGCGCAUCUGCGUGCCUUUGAGUCCGAGGCGGCCGCUAACCAGCGCUUCUUCACUACUGCGGGUAAGUUCUCUUACGAGCAGAUGUGCGACAUUCUGCGCACGCGUGUGCCGGGAGUGAGUGCGGAGAAGGUUCCGGCUGCGAAGGAGGCGCAAUCGGGCGGAUAUGCUGUUUCGAAUGAGAAGGCUAAGACCGUGCUGGGGGUGCAGUUCCGCCCUCUGGAGGAGAGUAUCAAGGAUACGGCUGAGUCUUUGCUGAAGCUAGAGGCGAAGCUUGCGCAGUAA